AUGGCUCAGCCGAUCCAGCAGCCAGCUGCUGCUCGGGCGUCCACUCGCGCAGCCGAAAGGGGUGUUGCUGCAGAUGGUGCCAUGCAGGAUCGUCUCUCCCCCGCCCACGAAUCAGGCCCCGCGAAUUCUCAGAGUCAGACUUUUCUCUAUGACUCGUUGCCUCCCGUCCUCUCCCCAGCUCUCCAAUGGCUAUUUCGCCAGCUUGAAGAGCUUGUGCCGGGCGUUGAAACCGUGGUCUCUAGCUUGCAAACGGCCACAACAGCAUCCACUCCCGAACCCACUGCCAUGCAAAAUCAAGAUGCACACGCUGCCUCAGUUGCCAUUCCCACCUUGUUCCAAAUUGCCUCUCAACUUGGCACACGUCUCAAGAAUGUAAUUCCAUUUACCCAUCGGCCCUCUCUCUCGCUCUCUCGCUCUCUCUCUCUCUCUCUCUCUCUCUCUCUCUCUCUCUCUCUCUCUCUCUCUCUCUCUCUCUCUCUCUCUCUCUCUCUCUCUCUCUCUCUCUCUCUCUCUCUCUCUCUCUCUCUCUCUUUCCAGCCGUCGCUCGGCCUGCCCAUUUGGUUUGAUCAUCUUGUACUUGCCACCCCUUCAGACAACGGCUUGCCAGGUCCAGAUGACCUGGAAGCAUUCCCGAAUCGGGCUCACGCAACCACCGCCGCAACAACACACUCAAAUUCUGAAACCCCAAGCUUCAUCUACGAUGACCUUCCUCCAGAUAUCAUGGCACGCCUGGCCACCCUUGCCGAGAACAUGGCUGAGUUGGCGUCUGCCGCCCAGGAGCUUGUCCCACCCGAAUCACCUCUUCGGCGUGAUGGUGAGCGCGUUUAUGAGCAAUUUCUUCAGCUCACGCAAGCUUUGAGCGCAACGGCCACGCCUUUUAUGACGCCAAUGGCCACGCCAAUGCACCAUGAUCAAGUCGAUGAUGCUCAACAUGCCUCAGGCUCAGUUUCCCGCCGUGCCCGCCUUUCCACAACAAGCUCCGCAAAUGCACGCUUCACACCCGAUCAGGAUAGCAAUACAUUCAUCUAUGACGAACUUCCACCGCUACUCCCAACCUCCUUCCUUAAACGUGGCCUCGACACAAUGCCUCGCGCCGCCGCUCAACUGCAAGACACUCUGUCGCACGCUCGUCAAGCGGCACAAAGUGCCCACCUCCAAAACUUGCUUGAGGAAUUACGUCAAUUUGGAGAUGCAUCGCGAAUUCAGCUGGCCCAGCUUGAAAGCGUUCCCGGAGAAGAAAAGGCCUUGUUCGCAGAAACCGUCAGUAAUUACUCAUCCGAGUAUGGUACUAUGACGUACUGUGCCUCAAACCUAGUGGGUACGCCCAUCAUAUUUCCCCACUAUGGUGACUUUUCUCGUGCCAUGGUCCUUCGAACCUACGGCUCGUGGUGGAUCAAUGCCCAUGGCUCCGCCCCACCCAUCAACCCGCGCAUGCAUGAGCUUUGUGCGCGAAACGGGCAAACAUGCCCCACUGAUUUUGUUGAGUUCACCAUUGCCGAACCCUUGUUUGUUUCCAAGAUGUCAAUCUUUGAGACGUAUAGCCCGGGCUCCAUUGUGCGCAUCCUUGCAACUGAUUCUUCGGAACCGCCUCUGCGCUGGCAUGAACUCUGGAAGGGUGCUCCCGAAGCUGAAAAGUUACCUCAUGUUGCGCGAAAAUUCAAGCCAACUCUGCGUCAGAUUCACAAGCCCUUCAAUCUGUUCCGACUCGAAUUUGAUGGCCGAAGCUUAGAGUACUAUACUGAGCUGGAUGCCGUAGCCAUCAAAGGCCGUUGUGUUCGUAAAAGGCCUCGUCACAUGCAGAACCACCCUUCGCAAGUCAAGCCCCAGACCGGAGUACUGCGGGCUUCAUCUAUUACACAUCUCAGCCUGGCUUGGAAUCAGUUGCAGUGCAGCAACCCCGUGGCAAGUGAUGAGGCACCGCUGCGCAUCAAUGAUUCUGGAUUGAUUGCCAUUCUCCAUGGCUACCUCGAUGAUGAGCAUGCUCAUUGUAACUUUCCUCAACAGGAUCUAUUUGCAAGCGUUGGUUCGUCAUUGACGACGUUGCGUGUGGCUGCCUGCCCUUUUGUUGACAAGGCCUUUCUGGCGGCUGCUGUUCGGUAUGGAAACUCAAGCAACACCUUGUUUCAUUUUGCCGUACACGACCAUUGUGCCCAGCUUGGAACAUCGCGUCACCUGGAUCCACAACUCACGCAGCAUGUCUCCGCACUCAUACCCAGCUUCUGCCCGUUUUUAACCGAGGUGGAUCUACAACUCUGCCGUGCGCUUGAGCCGGGUGACUUUCAGCCGCUAGCUCGUUUGCGAGCCUUGGAGCGCCUCAACCUAUUCGGAACUACUCCAAGCGAGGAUGACCUGGUGCUUAUUCUAGAUGAAUGUCGCUGCAUCAAGCAUCUAAACCUUGGUCAUGUGCUCACCCACAUCGAUCCCAACGUCAUUGUACAACAUAUAAACUGCAAGACUCUUGAAUCAAUUGAUCUGUGGCGGGCUCGGGCUUUGACCACAUCAUCGGCAACGAAACUUUUGGAGCGCUGUCAAUCUCUAGUGGACCUUGACCUUGGUUGGUGCCGCAAUUUAGAUGCAGACAAUGCUGCAUUUGUUCAAGCACUUGCCCGUCAGUCAAACCUACAGAAGUUAAUACUGACAGCUGUUCGCACGCCUGGCGACAAUCUUAUCAAUGUGCUAACGCAAUCAAACCGGGACAUGCGUCAACUUGAUUUACUUGGUAGCAAAGGAGUUUCAGAACGAGCCAUUUCUGCUCUGCUGGAGGUUUGUUUGUGGUUUUGCAUUCAGCCAUGCAGUUUGAUGUGCUCGACUUUCGUUUCGACUUAUUCCUCCAAUGACAUGAAAUCUGGGGCCCCGCUGCCCUUGCCAGGGCUGCUCAAACCUUCAGAUGAUAGACCUGUCAUUCUGUCGCCUUAUCAACGAACCUGCCAUUGAAGCUUGGCGUGGUCGCUACACGUGCGAUAUCAAAAGAAGCUUCACUUGAAACUAACACAGCUCUUCAUAUAUCUGGAUCGAUACCCGGGCCUCAGGCAUCCAAAUAAUAUCCAAAUGUUCCCGGCAUGACGAAUUGAUCUGCCAAUACUUCG